AAAUUGUAAUAUGGAUAGGGAUAUAAAUACCUCAAAGUCUGUUCUGGUAUGGUGGUCACUUCGUGUAUUGUUCCAACUUCCAACGGCCAUGGCUGCUUCUUCUUCUUCUUGUUCUUCACUAAGAUGCCUGAACCAAAGGAUGGUGAAACUCAAUUUUGGUAAUUUUGAAAGCGAGGAACCAAAACAUGUUGUGGUUUCAACAACAGCCAUACCCAUUUCCAUUUCCAUUUCCAGAAGAUGUGCCAUUCUUGCAAUGUCUUCAGUCCUUUCUCUGACCCUUCCCAUGGGAGGAGCUGAUGCCAGAGAGAGACGUAGCAGGAAGACCAUUCCUCCUGAAGAUUACCUAACCAGUAGUGAUAAUGGAUUGAAGUAUUAUGAUGUGGUUGAGGGGAAGGGUCCAGUUGCUGAGAAUGGAUCCACUGUUCAGGUUCAUUUUGACUGCUUGUACCGUGGGAUCACUGCUUUGUCAAGUCGAGAAUCUAAACUCUUGGCUGGGAAUCGUGCUAUUGCCCAGCCAUACGAGUUCAAAGUAGGAGAUCCACCAGGGAAAGAGAGGAAGCGUAAUUAUGUUGAUAAUCCAAAUGGUCUAUUCUCAGCACAGGCUUCACCUAAGCCUCCACCAGCAUUGUACACCAUUACACAGGGCAUGAAAGUAGGAGGCAAGCGAGCUGUGAUAGUUCCACCGGAGCUCGGUUAUGGCAAUAAAGGGAGCAAUGAGAUCCCUCCUGGAGCUACUUUUGAACUAAACAUUGAGCUUCUUCAAGUGAACCCUACUCAAGACAAGUGAAAGUGAUCUCUGUCUAUGCCAUGAGUUUAGUUCUUUGCAUUUUUUUUGUUCUUUCUUCAAUCUUGUAAAGAGCAAAUUUAAUUGAAAUAUGGAGAGAAUUUUACCAUAAAUAUGUAGGGUGCUUGGCAUAAUAGUCUUCUCGACAUAGUUGACACCCUAACCCUAUUUGUACCAUAGAGAGCAAAUUUAAUUGAACUAUGGAGAUUGGAGAGGAUUUUACUGUAAACAUAUCAUACUAAGAGUGGAUUUGGUGCAAGUUUUCAUAGCUCCAAGUAAUUAUAUUA